CUGGGGCAUGAGGCCAGCAGAGGCGCCAGUCACCCUUAGGGCCCCUGUCUUGCUGCUGGGGCUCUGGGCACUCCUGGCUCCAGUCUGGUGUUCUCAAGGCCGUCCCUUGUGGCACUACGCAUCCUCUGAGGUGGUGAUUCCCAGGAAGGAGACCCACCAUGGCAAAGGCGUUCAGUUUCCCGGCUGGCUGUCCUACAGCCUGCGUUUUGGGGGUCAAAGACACGUCGUUCACAUGCGGAGAAAACACCUUCUUUGGCCCAGACAUCUGCUGAUGACAACUCAGGAUGACCAAGGAGCCUUGCAGGUGGAUGACCCCUACAUCCCUCCAGACUGCUACUACCUCGGCUACCUGGAGGAGGUGCCUCUGUCCAUGGUCACCGUCGACACGUGCUAUGGGGGCCUCAGAGGCAUCAUGAAGCUGGACGACCUUGCCUACGAAAUCAAACCCCUCCAGGAUUCCCGCAGGUUUGAACAUGUUGUUUCUCAGAUAGUGGCCGAGCCCAGUGCAACGGGGCCCACAUUUAGAGAUGGUGACAAUGAGGAGACAGACCCCCUGUUCUCUGAAGCAAAUGACAGCAUGAAUCCCAGGUUAUCUCCUUCGCUGUAUAGUUCUCAUAGAGGCAAUAUAAAAGGCCACGUUCAAUGUUCCAACUCAUAUUAUCGUAUAUAUGGCAAUAUUACAACUUGUUACACAGAGGUGGUCCAGAUGUUCAGUGUCAUUGACAGCAUUGUUCAAAAUAUUGAUCUGCGGUACUAUAUUUAUCUUUUGACCAUAUAUAAUAAUCAUGACCCAGCUCCUGUGAAUCAGUAUCUAGUUCAUAGUGCGAUGUUUACCUAUUUUAAAAGAACCUUUUUUGAUACUUUUCAUGUUCAUUCAUCCACACUACUUAUUAAAGAAGCGCCACAUGAAUCUAACUAUGAACCACAAAGAUACAGCUUCUGUUCACAUUUAGGCCUUAUACACAUUGGUACUCUAGACAGACAUUAUUUAUUGGUAGCCAUCAUAACAACCCAUUCACUGAUGAGAAGUAUGGGUGUGGCUUUUGAUUAUAAAUACUGCACAUGUCAGAGAAGGACCUCCUGCAUUAUGCAGCGAUAUCCUGAGAUGACAGAUGCGUUCAGUAACUGUUCAUAUGGACAUUUACAAAAUUGUUUUGUAAAUUCAGCCUGGUGCAUUUUCAAAGCACUCGCUCCAGUGUAUAACGAAACCAUGACAACGGUUCUCUGUGGAAACCUCAUCGUGGAAGGGAAGGAGGAAUGUGACUGUGGCUCCUUCAAGCAGUGUUAUGCCAGUCAUUGCUGCCAAAGGGACUGUCACUUCACACCGGGGAACAUCUGUCAUCUAGGAGACUGCUGUACAAACUGCAGCUUCUCCCCACUAGGGACUCUCUGCAGACCUAUCCAAAAUAUAUGUGACCUUCCAGAGUACUGUCAUGGGACCACCUUGACAUCCCCAGACUUUUAUUUGCAAGAUGGAACCCCGUGCACUGAAGAAGGCUACUGCUAUCAUGGGAACUGCACUGACCGCAAUGUGCUCUGCAAGGCGAUCUUUGGUGUCAGUGCUGAGGAUGCUCCUGAGGACUGCUAUGACAUCAAUUUUGAAAAUCACCGAUUCGGACAUUGUACUCGAGAACGAACAGCUAUCGCCUAUGAGGCUUGUGCAUUAAUAGAUAAGUUUUGUGGAAGACUGCAGUGUACUAACGUGACCCAUCUUCCCCGGAUGGAAGAAAGGCAAAUGUGCAUUCUGUUGGAAAAAUAUUAUAGGUAGUUUGAGCAAAAAAUCUAAUGCUGUGUGAACUUUUAGAAUGACACAUAUUUUAACAAAGAACGUGACCAAUCGAGGUCAUGUUGAAGUCAGGUAAACACUAUUUAGAGCAACAACAACAUCAAAAACACAAGCCAACAGUUCACCAAGAGAAACCAUGAUUAACCCCAUG